AUGGCGCAUACGGUACAUUUCACCCUCGACAUACGCCACGCGCAAGACGACAUCCUCACAAAGAUGGUACAAGAAUGCGAGACCGAGUUCCUUCGUAUCGCGCAGCAUGACAGCGAAAAGGGGUGCCAAGUCCAAUGGAAGUUCUGGUCUGGCAAUCAAGCUGUAAAUUUUGACAAGGGAUGUAUAGCUAGUAUCGAAGAAGCCGCUGCCGACGUUUGUUCCAGUUUGCCGCAGAACAAGGCUGGGAAUCUUUGGAGACCGAUAGUAGGCGGUGCUGCACACGAUAGUUCCUAUACAAGUCACAGAUGCCCGACGGGUAUGAUCUAUACGCCUGCAAGGGCGGGAAUUAGUCUCGAUCCGAGGGAAUAUUGCUCACCUGAAGAUUGUGCACUGGGCGCAAAAUACUGGCAUAGCCCUUCCAUGAUUAGGGCAGCCGAUGACUUGUUUAAUGUCCUCUGUUAG